GGACGGCGGUGCCGGUCUGAUCGCGGAGCUGCGCGCAUAGCGGGUCCCGGCGCCCUCCCCGCACACAAAGGCCCGCGCGCGUCCGGCGCCCGCGGGGGUCCCAGUGCCCUCCUGCCUGCUUGGCGGGCCUCGACCUGCGAGGAUUCAGGAGGUUCCCUCUCUCUCCUCUCCUCUCUCUGCGCUCCGGAAUAUGGAACCGCGCCGACGCGGCGCCCAUUUGCCCGGGCCGCUGCCCACUGCCCUGGAUCUAUAGUCAAGCGGCCCCUCUCAGGGAGCAGCACCCGCCACCCCACGCCGACUCGCCUCUCCGCUGCGGGCCUUUGUCCCAGCCCAGCGCCCCCGCCGCGCCCGCUCUCCGCGGCUGGCCCGGCACCCUGGAGCCGCACGGGAGCCGGCCGUCCCAGCUGCGUCCGGCGCGGCGCCCCGGAGCCCCGAGUCCGCCGAGCCGCCGCGCCCCGUGCGUUCGACCCCACCCCGCGCGCUGAGGGCCGCGCAGGGCAAGCGCACCUGGCCUCGGCGACCGCUGGAGCGGCGCGGCGCGUCCGCUCCGGAGGAUUGGGGGUCGCGGCCCGUGGCCGGUCCCAUCGCGACCCGGAGUGCGCAGAACUGGGAGCUGCUUGGCCAUGGCCAUGGCCCGGUCCAGGAGGGACUCGGUGUGGAAGUACUGUUGGGGACUUUUGAUGGUUUUAUGCAGAACUGCGAUCUCCAGAUCGAUAGUUUUAGAGCCUAUCUACUGGAAUUCCUCGAACUCCAAAUUUCUACCCGGACAAGGCCUGGUACUAUACCCACAGAUAGGAGACAAAUUGGAUAUUAUUUGCCCCAAAGUGGACUCUAAAACUGUUGGCCAAUAUGAAUAUUAUAAAGUUUAUAUGGUUGAUAAAGACCAAGCAGACAAAUGCACUAUUAAGAAGGAGAAUACCCCCCUGCUCAACUGUGCCAGACCAGACCAAGAUGUGAAAUUCACCAUCAAGUUUCAAGAAUUCAGCCCUAACCUCUGGGGUCUAGAAUUUCAGAAGAACAAAGAUUACUACAUUAUAUCUACAUCAAAUGGGUCUUUGGAGGGCCUGGAUAACCAGGAGGGAGGGGUGUGCCAGACAAGAGCCAUGAAGAUCCUCAUGAAGGUUGGACAAGAUGCAAGCUCUGCUGGAUCAACCAGGAGAAACGAUCCAACAAGACGUCCAGAGCUAGAAGCUGGUACCAACGGGAGAAGUUCAACCACAAGUCCCUUUGUGAAACCAAACCCAGGUUCCAGCACUGACGGCAACAGUGCGGGGCAUUCCGGGAACAAUCUCCUGGGUUCCGAAGUGGCCUUAUUCGCAGGGAUCGCAUCAGGGUGCAUCAUCUUCAUCGUCAUCAUCAUCACCUUGGUAGUACUGCUGCUCAAGUACCGCAGGAGGCACCGCAAACACUCUCCGCAGCACACGACCACGCUGUCACUCAGCACACUGGCCACACCCAAGCGAGGUGGCAACAAUAACGGCUCGGAACCCAGUGACGUUAUCAUACCGCUAAGGACUGCAGACAGCGUCUUCUGCCCGCACUACGAGAAGGUCAGCGGGGACUAUGGGCACCCAGUGUACAUUGUGCAGGAGAUGCCCCCACAGAGUCCUGCCAACAUUUACUACAAGGUCUGAGGCUUGGGACCUGCGCCUCCCAAGGGAACUCGCGCCUUGUUGUGGGCGCAGGGACUGCCUGAGCCUGGCUGUGGGGGCGGGGUGCCUCCUGGAAGAGCCUGGAGCUGGACAGUUUUGUAGUCUGUAGCUUUUCGGCCUUGGGGAACCACAGACCCUCCCCGGAAGCUGGAAGACUGCUAGGAGAUUCCCACUUGGACUGCCGCGUUCCCUCGCGGACCUCCAAGCCAUGCACCCAGCCUCUCAGGCAUCUGCAGAGCCCGGGGAGGACACGGUAGGCUAUGGAAGGUGCAGCAGCAUCUUAGGAGAAGGCCGUGCACCAGGCCGGCCCCUGCCUCCAUGUUUCCUGCCGUGCACGCUGGACUUGUCACUCGGACCUCGGGCUCAGUAAGGUUUUCAAAAAGAUCUCUAGCGUUUAGUCCUUACUCACUCCUUCUGUUGCCAGGGCUCUGACACCUCCCCAGACCCCUCACCACAUUCUGCAUCAUUAAGGGACCCUCACCGCAGAGUCCCGGCUCCACCCUUUACACCAAGAUCAAAUUAGAUGGGUAUUAGGUACAGAGUCCUGCUUUCCUGGAGUCUGGGUCCGCCGGGAAGCCUGGGAGGUGUGGAGACGAGGGAAGGGUGCCGGUUUCCACCGGCUUCCAGCCACUGCAGGUCAAGGCUGCUGCCCCUGGAGCAUAGUGGGGAAGCCAGAAGGAAAUGAUAGAUGGUGCUUUGGUUUUACCGAAAGAGGCAGGUGGAAGACCACAGACUGUGGUAAGUGGUGCCCAACUCACCGUCACACGGCUAGGCAGCAGGGAAUCAAAAAAUCCCUCUUCCACUGUGGAACAGAGGGGUCAUUUGUUGUGAUAGGACCAGCCAGAGCACAGAGGGAGAGGAGAGGCCUCUGGCGAAGUCCUGGGGCAGGACUGUUGAGGUACUGGCAAUAAAAAAAUAAAAUAAAGCGCAGCCCUGGAGCUGCGGGAGAGUCCGUCUGCUUUGGGAGAUCGUCUAAGCAGACUCAGCUGCUAUAUUACCCCAUUUUAUUAAACACAGGGAAAGCAUUUAGGAGAUUAGCAGAGAGCCAAAUCUGACCUACAAGUUGAAAAGCCAAAGGUCAAACAGGCUGUAAGUCCAUCACCACUGAGGUUAUUGGGGAAUUCUCAUUAGGAAAGGUAGGUCAGAUCCCCCCUCCCCAGCCCCCAUAAGUGCCCCUCCCCCUCCCCGAUUGAGCCUUACACUUUGGUUUUUGGGUUAUGGCCAGCCGUGCUGUCCGGGCUGUGAGGCUGUACCCGGGCUCCGUUGUCAAAGCAAAGCACACAUGGCCCAUGUCUAAGAGUCCUUAAGAUGGAAGUAAGUUAUGAUGUCGAGGGGAAGGAGGGAGAUAGGACAUAUUUAUAUUAGGUGUAUAGAACACAAGGGAUAUAAAAUGAAAGAUUUUUUACUAAUAUAUAUUUUAAGAUUACACACAAUACACACCAGGAGAUGUGGGAUUUCGUUAGCCGUGGCGAUUAAAGCGAUCCCAGCCCUUAGUGCUUUACAGAGUUAAUGAUUGGAUAGCUACUUCUGAGAGAAGCUGUGUCGCCCCAAAAAGUUAUCAGUAACGAGAACAGAAGACGAAAAUAACAAAGUCCCGCAGACAUCUCACGGAACUGUAGACGAGGAAUGCCAGCCCCCAAACGCCAGGAAAUCGGUGCACUGUGCCCUAUGUUAGACAAAGGGACUGGCCUUCACUGUCUGUGUUGGGUUUUCCCUUGCCCUAUGGGCUGAAGUGUUCUCUGGAAUCCAGCAGGUCACACUGAGGGAGUUACAGUUGAAAGUUUAGCUGUGGGUCCCUCUUCUCCUGUUCCUAUCCCUGCCCUUCCAGAAGAAUAAACAGGAAGCAGGAAGCCUACUUUUUUUUUUAUGUGCUAUGCAAAAUAGACAUCUUUAACAGAGUCCUGUUACUAUGGUAACAUUUUGCUUUCUGAAUUGGGAGGAGAAAAAAAAAUUGUAACGACAGCAUUUGAAGGUUCUCAGACCUCCAGUGAGUACCUGUAACAAUGAGUUGUCACAGAAAUCAUUCCCUGCUUCCCAAACCUGAAAAUUAUGUUGGUUCAAUGUAUGUGUAUGUGUGAGUGGGUGUGUGGUACACGUGUGUACAUAUAUGUAUAAUAUAUAUCUCCAGUAUAUAUUAUAUAUAUCUAUAUCAUAUUUCUGUGGAAGGUUGCCAUGGUGAUCAGCCACAGUACAUAUGUAAUUCUUUCCGUCACCCCAGCCUCUCCUGUGCAUUCACGCAAGAUUUUCUGGUAAGCCAUCAAAAGUCGUAGGAACGGGGAAGGAGAGGGAUGAGGAGGGGAGACAUGGGAAGCCGUCUGAUUUUAAUGAAAUCAAAUGUCUGUGUCAUCAGUUGGCUACAUUUUUUGGUCCUAUGCUAAACUGUGAAAAAUCAGAUGAAUUGAUGAAGAGUGACCCCGUGCGUCUGUUUCGUGUCUGGUGCAGAAGAUGACAAUCUACCAACUGUCCCCUUAUUUGGAGUUGGUUCAGCUUUGGAAAAGUUACUGUAAAUGCCUUGCUUGUAUUCCCAUCCCGGUCACCUGACUUGGGAGCUUGCACCAUCCUGUGUAAGAAGAUGCUGUAAAUAGGUAGACCAGAUCUUACCGUCUAUGGAUUCGGGGUGUUACAGUAGCCUUACUCACCUUUUUAAUAAAAAUACACAUGAAAACAAGACAGAAAUGGCUUUUCUUACCCAGAUUGUGUACAUAGAGCAAUGUUGGUUUUUUAUAAAGUCUAAGCGAGAUGUUUUGUAUAAAAUCUGAAUUUUUGCAAUGUAUUUAGCUACAGCUUGUUUAACGGCAGUGUCAUUCCCCCUUUGCACUGUAAUGAGGAAAAAAAUGGUAUAAAAGGUUGCCAAAUUGCUGCAUAUUUGUGCCGUAAUUAUGUACCAUGAAUAUUUAUUUAAUUUCGUUGUCCAAUUUGUAAGUAACACAGUAUUAUGCUUGAGUUAUAAAUAUUUUUUUCUUUGUUUUAUUUUCCUAGCCUGUCAUAGGUUCCAAACCUGCUUUUACUUCCACAUGACAGUUAGCCCCAGAAGACGAGAUCCGAGCAGUCACAUUCCACGUCUCUUUCAAACUGAAUUUGUUCUUAAAAAAAUAAAAUAUUUUUUUCCUAUGGAAAAAGCGCCUUCACAGUAUUUUCUUUUCCUUUUUAUUAUUUUUCUUUUCUUUUCAUUUUCUUUCUUUUUCAGUUUUCUUUGAUUUUCUCCCUUUUAUGCCCACUUCUCAAGACAAGUCAUGCAUGUAUUACAAAUAAAGUUUGGUUAAAGCCCUGACAGCCCACGCAGGAAAAGCCUGCCCUUGCACCUGUGUUCCACAGUGGGAAUGGUCAGCCAGGCAGUGAACCCUCGAAGAAAGGAGGAAAUAAUGUAUUCUGCUGCUUAAUCGCAGACGGAUUACAUGUCUGUGUCGGCUGAGCACUUUGGUAGGGUGACCCCACGAUAAAGGCAGAUGUCAAAUGUUCUUCAUAAAGUUAUACCUUGAGGAAAGUGUGUUAUAAAAUUGCAUUAAGGCAAGCCAGAGACCAGUGAUGAGAUUAAAAAUUCAAGACUGGGGAGAUGCUUCAGUCAGCCUGCCGUGCAAACAUGAGAUCUGGUGGCCUGAACCGUAGCACCCCCAACGUCAAAGCUGAGUGUGUUGACCGUAGCCCCUCCUGCCCCACCCCCCAAACCCAGAGAAAGACUAUGCAAUAGUCUCAUGGAAUACGUGAGCCUUGGGUCCAGGGAGAGACUCUGUCUCAUAAAAUAAAGGUGGAUAGUCGUCCAGGGAUGACAGCUGAUGUCAUAGAACAGGGACACGUGCACAGAGAACAUAGGCACACAGCUACACUUAUAAGUAUACAUAUAAAACGCAUUUUUUAAAAAAUGAAACACAUCUCUAAUGUGCUCCUUCAACUACCCUGAGGUUUGGGAGUAUUUUCCUGGCUUAUUGUGGACUUUGGGGUCUUGAUGUUUGCACUGCCUGGAACCUUUGUAAGCAGUGAGAGUCUAGCCCACAGGGGGUUAACACUAUUGCUAAAAUCAGUUGCCAUCCACCUUAGCCCAAGGAGUGAUAGAGCGUAGGUAAGGGGGGUGUGAAGGCCCUCUCUCCUGAGGCCAGUGAACAGGACAGGAGUUCCAAGACCUGACUUCUGUGCUCAAGAUCACAGCCCCAGCAGGUGGGAAAAGUCCAGAGUUGUGGAUGUGAAAAUGUGCAAGCCCCCUCCACACACACACACAUGUGCACACGCGCACAAGACACAGGGAUGGAAACUCUGUGGAGAUCUGUGGAGCUUCAGGCUAGACCCCCCGCACUGGCAGGAGGGAAUGUUUGCUGAGCAAAUGCUUUACACAGCUACAGACUCACAGAAGGUCCUCCGAGGCACAGUCUUAGUCGAUUCUUGAGUUUUAUCUCCAGCGUUUUUUCCUCUGACUCCUGAGUUUCACUGACAAGUUUCAUGACACCACUCAGGGCCAAGUCACUAAGCUGGCCCCUCAGUCCUGCCUACAAGAGUGGUUUGACUUCAGGUGGGCAAACGGUAGCAAUGAGAGGUGCCUCUUUUCCAACUCCGUGGACUCUGGCUUGCGUGCUCAAGUAAAGUCCCCACAGACAUGAUAGCGUCACUUCCCACUUUUCCUUUGGGGACCAUUCUCCACAUUGAGUUAGCGAGGGUCAGUGAAGAAAGAACUGAGAUGUGCCAGUGUGGUUUUCCAUUGGGGAGAAGACUUGCACUGACAGAAGCAUCUUGCAGAGAGAUGUAAGGAGGUGUUCUUGUCUAAAAGAUUACCUUGCUAAGGAAAAUCCCAACUCCUUCAGCCACCUCCCAGCCUGCAGCUGCUUUCAGAGUGGCUCUCACCAUUGUCCUCUCUCUCUCUUUUUCUCUCUCUCUCUCAACCUGAGAGUAUCUCAUUCAUACACUGGUAGAGGUUUGCAGUGGGACAGGGAAAGAUUUCUGAAAGAAUGCUACCCACUUAGGAAGUGCUUAGCCUGCCCUGUCAGACUCGAGCCAGCUGAGCAAGGAGGAAGCGAUUGAAAAUCAACAACAACAAUAAUAAAAUAGCAAAAUUCAGAAUGGUCACUUCAACUAUGCGUAAAGACCAACAACUGCCUUCCUCUUUGCUUGGGUUCAGUCUUCAGGUGGCUCACAAGAGAACCUCCCCAUGGACAGGUCACCUGAGAACUGCAGCCGGCUUUGGAAAUGCUCAACCACUGAGCCACAUCAGCCCGCAGCAUAUUCUUCGGCCCACUUGUUGGGGGAUAGUGCUUUACGCCCAGGCCUCGAAGCCUGGUGGUGGGCUCACUUCCACCACCUCCCAUGGCCCACCUCCCGUUGCCUUCUCUACAGACUUGACCCUAAUUUGCUGUUUCUUCUCAUGGAUGGUAUGAACCUAAUUCGCUGUGUUUUGUCUCCUGGAUGGUAUCGGAAACAUACUCUUUACUUCCUUUGUAAGUUAGACCUCUGGGUCACCAGUCUGUCACAGAAAACUAUGUCACUGAAAAGUUAG